AUGGAAGCACAACUCUUUUUUAUAAGAGUAGUCUUUAAAACCGUGAAUAUUCAUUAUGUAGCUUUCUAUGGUCAAGUAAUCUUAGUAGAGCGCAGGAUCAUGUCGAAGGACAUGUUCAAUAAACAGCCGACUAAGAACAAUAUUGUUACAUUUUUCAACAAUCUUUUUACUUCAUUUUAUUUGAUUAGAGAAGUUUGGUGGGCCAAUUAAUCAAAUUAUUCCGAUAUCUUCCUCUUUAUCUUGUUACUGAAGCAGAAAAUUCUGAUCUCUUCCACUGCAUUAUCGAUAUUCUUUAAUCUAGUUAGCUUUAGAAUAAUUUUCCUUAUAUAUUAGGAGUUUGCCAUAAAUUCUUAGUCUGUUUCAUCAAGCUGUUGGCUACAGGCCAAAUUCACAACUCAUCAAUAAUACUCUUCCCAGUGUAUGAUGUUUUUAAUCGACUUCUAUACAGCAAUCUCAUUUAAUUACUUUAAUGUCAAAAUUCUUCAUCAAAUGAGUGAAAAUGAAGUUUAAUACAAUUUGGUGGGAGUAAGCGACUUAAAUUUGUUAAUUAAUCACAUAAGAAGUUUUCAUUAGUUUAAUUUUUUCUCUGUGUUCGUUAUGUUGACUCUAGGUGAUAUAAAAUAGCCUAAAGCAUCCAAAUUUAUUUAGGGAAUCAUGAUCUAGAUUUUACUUUACAUAUAAUUAGGUUGUUAAGAUUUACUCUGAAACUUUACUUUCUGCCUGGUCCAGAAAUUACUUUGUUACUAAUCCUGCUCUAUUAUUAAGAUGGUAACUGCAAGAUCAUCAGCAAUUGCAAAGACUUUAGUGACUUUCAAAAAUGAUUAAAAUUGGUUUAUCUUUAA